AAAAUGCCGAAACUACAUAUAACUUCCCUGCUGCGACCGCGCGGCCAUUUGAAGCCGAUUGAAAAUAAAGAGUCGAAACCAUCGGGAACAUCAACUGAUGCAACAACUGAGGCUACUAAUUGUGCUGUAACGCCUGCAGACACAUCUCUGCAAUUUGAGUCACCAAAGCCACCGACGAAGAACGUAGAACUAAUACCAACAUUAGACUUCGUGAUACAUGAACCUAUCACUACAGAACUUGAAGUGCAACAUGUUACCGAUAUAUUGUCGCAACUUGAAAUUGAUGCGUACAGUGUAAAUGCCGCAAACCUUAUUGAAAACGAUGAUGACGACGAAUGCGAUAAUCACUCCGGCCACACGUAUGUAAUUGAACGUGGAUGCAGUACAGACAUCUAUAGCAGCAGUAGCACAAAUACUGAGGACCUACUGCGCCAGGAGAUCAUUCACUGCGUCAACACAGAUACUACGGCAGAAUCUUCACUGAUCUACGAGCCAACUAGCUCGAUAUCCAUAGAAAUGGACAAUUUAGAAAAGAGUACAACAACAGCCACGGCGACAACAACGAUGACUACACCGUCGUCGACCGAUGAAGUGCCUGAGACGACAACCACUACAUCUCGUAAGAACAGUAAUCCAAGUGCCAUCACUUCAGUAACAACGGCUAGUGACGAUCAAAGUAUAGAAGAAGAAAUUGAAGAGGCCAUUGAAAUAAGUGAAGAGGGCACGCCAGAAUUGUCGGCUGCACGUCCAUCGGAGCUAACUGAAGCAGCAGGCUAUAUAAAGACAAUUGUAAGAAAAGAGGAAAAAACAAAAUCCCUCCAGCCCUUCGGUACAGAAAUGUCUAAAGAAGUCAGUUCGGUGCAGUUACUAAGGAAUUCGCCCAGAGAAAGUGAGCACAAAAAGAAUUCUGGCGAAGAAGACGAGCAAUUCAAGAUUGAUGAAGAUCAAUUGUCUGGUGGGAAAUUAGCUCAGCACUUUGUGUUGGAAGGAGAGGAAGAUGAUGACGAUGUUGAAGUAAGCGCUCCGCUAACCAAGACUGGAGCACACUCGCGCCAUGAAAUAUCUAGUGGUGGUAGCGUUCAGGUCAGCGAACCUAUGACAGAUUCAGCAGAAGUGGAUUUUGGAGACCUCGAUGUGAGUUUGCCGUUGGAAAAGAGAGUACACUCACGGCACGAUGAACCUCUGAUAGAAAACCUUGCUGCCAAAACACAAGAGGGAAAUUUAAGCAACGAGAGCACUGCAAAUGAUGUUUCCGAUCUGGCUGAAGAACUGAGACAGGAAGAGGACUCUCUGAAGAGUGAAGACCUACUUGCGCCAGCGACAGAGUUAACGCAACAAUCCAGUGAUUAUGAGGAAAAUGUGACAAAUACGUCGUUGAGUAAAUCCAAAGAAGGGAAAGUAAGCGACACUGCGGAAAAAGUUGAAGUUGAUGACCGAGCACUAAGUCCUUCACCUGAUCACGGCGAAAAAGAUAUUGAGGAAAUUGUUGAGAGAAAUCAUAGCUCUGAAUAUACAUUGGAUGAUCGAGACUUGAGUUCUCUGAACCACAGCUUUCUUAUGAAUAAUGAGUCGUUAGUGAAUCGUCUUCUGGGAGACACCAUAGAAGAACAAGUUUCACAUAAUGAGAAGGUAAUCAAUUCAAGUGCCAAUUUAAGAAAGAUGAAUGACAUUAAGGAACGCCCAAAAUGUUUCAAAAUAGACAUACCUGAUACUUUGCGGAUUCUUACCGAUUUAAAUGCGAAUGGACCAGAGGCCAAGCCACAUAAGGGGUGCGCUGUAACAAUAGAAGAGGCUAACCAACAGAAAAGUGAUAUAGCAGCAGGCAAAACUGACAACUUAGUAGAGACUGAAAACUCGAAUAAAAAAUUGAUGCGUUCGUAUCGCGAAAGGGAAAACAUCGAAAAUGUGCCAUUACAGGGAUCACAGUUGGUAGAAACAAAACUUGCAGUAAUCUCAGAAACACUACAACUACAGGGAAUGGCCGAUGUUGAAGUGGAUGCCUCAGAAGCCGUCGUUGAGCAUGUGGAAGACAAUGAAACAUCUGCAAUUGCCUUGCGCGAUGCCCUCAAAGAAUUACUUGGUGGUAAAAAUCAGGUUACCAGUGUUUCACCGGAGCUUGACGUCCAAGCCAUUGAAGAAGAUGACGAUGACAUGCGGUUGAAACAUAUGAAGUUGCGGAUUUUAGCCAUGAAUUAUGACAGUAAGGAUCAGCAAAUCAAUCUCAAUGAAUUAGCUCCAGUAAACGCGGGAGUUAGUGGGGCAGUGCAGAUCAUUAAACCAAUGGAGCGUGUGCCCCUAAAUGAGUUCGCAAAAGACAUACUCGAAGAUAUUACUGAAGAGAGCGAACGAAACUCGCUUUCGACGACUGAAGAACAUCGUUCGCUGUCGAUGGAACGUUCGAUGACAACGUCAGCUGAAAAAGAUGAAAAUAAAACUUUGCGUGCCGAAGUGGAGGUACAAACGGCAAACUUGGCAACUACUUCGAGUAGUAUAGUCAGUUUGAAUAUGCUGCAAAUGUUGGAAAGCAAAGUAUCCGAGUUGAAGUAUGUGGUAGCUGAAAAGGAUGCCUGUCUGGCGGCGUUAAAUUUGCAAUUAGAGACAGCGCAGAGACGCGAAUCGAGUGGCGCAUAUUCUGUGGAGCAGUUGGGCUCAGGUAGAGACACAAACAGUUCGUUGGUGACUAGCUCGACAGAGUAUCGCACGCUCCAGGAAGAAUUUGGUGGACCGACCAUGGAUAUAUGGACGGAAUUAAACUACCGCGAUGAAUUAAUAGCAAAACUGACAGAUUCUCUACAGCAUUCGAAGAAUGUUCGCGAGCAGCUGCAAACAGAUAGUGAUAAACUUACCAAUGAGGUUGAAAUACUUCGCAAACAACUGUCAGAAGCACUGGACACACUUCGGCGACCUACCUUGCCUCGUGGCGAUCUGGAUAGCAAUUGUGGCCAGCGAAUUUCUGAGAUAUCAAUGGAUUUAAUAAGCGACAGCGAUGAUGAUUUGGAGCGUAAUGCCUUCACUGACAACGAGGAUAAGUAUUCACGCAAUUCACGCGAGCGUCAACUCUCAGUACCACGCCAGACGGCGGAAAUGUAUGGUGAUAUGGAAGCGUCCGAGUGGUCACAAACGCAAUUUAGCAAGCAAAUUGAACAGUUUCAGAAAUAUCUCAACUCCAAUGAGGUACGUCUAUUCAUUAUGGUACAAAAUAAAUUCGAUAAUUAUUUAAGCCAAGAACUGGAAAAGUGCAAAAUGAAGUGUGAGCAAGAGCAAAAGGAGAUGGUUGAGCAGCUUGAAGCGGUGAAACAGCGACAAGAUGUUGAAUUGCAGAAGUUAAUAACGUCGCGUGAGGAACAGGACUCGAAACAUGCCAAAGAAGUAGAAGAGUUGCGUAAAUAUUUUGAGUCGAAAUGUGCGGAAUUGGAGAAACAAUUUUCAGAUGACGUGUUUUCACAAAAAUCGCAACAUUAUACCGGAGACACAUCUUCAUCUGAAGGCUCAGAUCAGGAGCAAAUGCCCGAGGAAGUAGUUCUACCAUCUACUUCCACUCAACGUUCAAAGGAGGCUUCACCGCGGAAAAAAAAGCGCGCAGAACUCUUGCUAAGUCCUAGCCACCGUCAGAUUAUACCUGCCGAUACCUCCAAUGAAGAUAGUUCCGUGGAAAUCACAGAGCUGAAGGCUUUCUAUCAACAAAAGCUUCAGGAAUUACAGCGCACUCAUGAGGACCAACUGCGUAAAGUAACCGACAAAUUGAAGUAUUACGAGAGUCGCUAUCCGGAUGAUGAAUUUAUGUCGCCCAAUAAAACAACUUCUUCAUCCAUCGAUGUCUGUGCCAAAAAUCGCGGGAAUAAAACGGCGGCACCAAAUGGUAACCAGUUCAAUCAACGUAAGAAUAACAAUAUUGCCCAUCAAGAGUCAGUCUCACUACAAGUACGCGAUUCCAAUACAUCUUUGAUUAUCAUCGAUCAGGAUGAAUUAAAUAACCACAACGAAUCACAAGUCAUCCAAAAGAUAAUCGAGGAGUAUGAGAGGCGAUUGCAAGAGCAGUUGGCUUUGGCCCGCGAAGAUAUUGUGCGUGAGUUAGAAGGUCAGAUACAGACUUUGUUAUCGGAAACUACGACGGACGAUCAGCAUUGGCCGCCGGAAUUGAUUCUAUUGCGUGAGAAAUUCACCGCCAAGAGUCAAUUAAAAAUUGCACAGCUACAAAUCAAACAUGAAGAAGAGAUGUCCCGCCUAAAAAUGGAAUAUGAAAAGCAGCUGAAUCGCAAGAAUAAACGCCAUUCAACUUUCGAUUCAGCGCGCGAUUUCGAACAGAUAAUUAGCGAUCGCGACAAUUUACGAGAACUCUGCAGGACCUUCCGGAGCGUCUUGGCAGAACUUGCUAAAUGCGUUGUCAAUUGUGAGGAUGACAUAAAUAGCACAUUAAUGCAAGAGGUGCAGCGUCUGGUGGCACACAAUCGUACCUUGGAUGAGCAAACACCUGAGGUGGAUAUGAAUAUUUCCUUCUUGAAUGCUUCACUGAGCUCAAACAAGCAGUCAUGCUUCAUACCAGAUGUGCACAAUUUGUUGGAGGUAGUGGAAGAUCCUAGUCUGGUGGAUUUCGUUAGCAACAGAAGUGGCGAUUUAGUCGAAGAGUUCGAUUUGCAUGAAUGUCUAGAGCGUUUAAAUUCCGAGGCAUUAUGUCUGUUGCAUUUAUCGGAAGAGCUGCAUAAACGUCAAAGGCGUCGAUUAUCCAGCUUGUCCAGCGGUCUGGAGAAAAUAGAUAGCUGCUGUGAGGAAGAUAGCGUCGGUGAUAAGUCACCAGCAAUGGGGGAAAACAUACACCGCUUUUUGCGUACUUUCUCGCUGAAUGAACAACAUUUACCAACAUACAGAGAGCAUAUUAAACAGCAGCAGGGACAUCUACUCAACUCAUUGCCACCUGAUUUGAACCAGUUACGUGCUGAGCGUUCGAAUAAUAAUGAUGAUCUCUUCUCCACACCUGGCGGUAAUGCCUCCGAACUAAAUUUUCAGGUGCAUGAAUUGAAGAAUCGUCUAGUAAAAUCGGAAAAUGAUCGCGUCAAGCUGCAGGAAGAGCUGGAACACACAAUCAAGAGGAAUGCGGAAUUAGGACAGGAGCUACAGGCGAUGCGUGAUCAAUUGUCUCAAUUAAAUUCGCUCAAUCACACCGACUAUGCGGAGGGCUAUGGUCACGGGUCGCUUAGGAGCCCCCAGCGAGCUUCCGGUUCUGAUAAAUCAUCAACAAGCUUCACACAGUUGCAGGAGAAGGCACGCAAUAUACUGUCUUCGCCGCCGCAACAGCAGCCCAGUAAUGAUGCUACCGUGGUGCUGCUGCAAAUGAUUGAGGAUUUUUGUCGCGAAGGCGAGAAGGUGGUCGAAUGCGGAAAAAAGGAUCGUGAGGAUCUGCAAUCGCAGAUUGACGCGGCGGAUAAACAAUUAAAAGCCACACGUCACUUCCUCGAAGAGCAAGCUGCCGAACGGGAACAGGAGCGUGAUGAGUUUCAGCGUGAGAUCGAGUGCCUAAAAGUGCAGCUACGCGAUAAAGAGAAGGAGCGCAGUACAUUUGAAAAUGCCUCCAAGGAGGUCGAACAAUUGGAGUCUCAAAUACGCGAACUUACACAAAAACUCAGCGAAUCGAAUGCUAAGCGCGACAAAUUUGAAAUGGAGCUGAAAGCUUCAAUUGACAAAAUAUUUGUUUUGCGUGAAAUUAUCACCGAGUUAGAGACACAAGUGGAGACAAAGGCGCUCAAUGAACAUGUGCUGAGUGAGAAGAAUAUGCAAUUGGAAGAUUAUAUAAAUACCCAAACACGCUCAAAUGAGACGUUACAGCACGAGGUGCAUAGUUUGAAAUUAGAAAUUGGCGAAGGUUAUCAGGAGCGUAUACGAUUUCUAGAGGAGAAAUUACAAAACAUGCGCCCAUCUGCAGAGCAGAGCAUUGUGUUAGAUCAAGUGGUAGAGCAGCUUCGCGAUAUUGAGAAUAUCCUUGACCAGAAAACUAAAAAUCUCGAAUCAGUGCAUCAUUCAAUAUCUUCAAAUGCCAAUAGCGCUACUGAGGACGUAUCUGUAAAUGGCGCACGUCCAGCCAACUCAUUGCCAUCAACAGGUGGAACAAAUAAUCCAUCAAUAACCACAGUGCCAACUCUAGGCUCACCGCUACAUCCUUCGCCACGUCAACAUUCGCUCACCAUGGAGGGCGUUCAACGUAUUGCCGACAGAGUCGCCAAACAUACACGCGUCGAGGAGGCAGCCGUUAAACGUAUACGGGAUUUGGAAAUGCAAGUCACUCAAAUACGUGAUUCCUGUGUGGAACUGCAGCAUGAACGUGAUUCGUUACAGGAGCGUAUGUCUGAGCAAAAACAGAGGAUCUCUACACUGCAAUCUCGCCUCGAAGAGCAAAGAAAGCGUGCAAUGGAGCUACAGCGGGUUGGUUCAGCUGACUUAAAUGUGCGUAUUCAUGAUUUACAAACCGAAAUCCAAAAUCUGCGCGAGACACUUUCUGUACGCGACAAGCAGAUCGCUACAAUGAAGCAACAACUGGAAAAGAGCAAAGUUGCAAUAGAUCGCCUUGAAGCAGAGCUGGCAGUGGAGCACCAACCGGACCGCAGUAUUGUGGAACGCUUGGAGGCUGAGUUGAAACAAAAAAAUGCAAGCAUACAACUGCUGAAGGAGAAGAUUAAGAACGAGAUGAUAAACAAGUUGGCAUUGCCUGAUUUAAUGGAGACAAUGUUGGCUGAUAAGAAUGAGGAGAUCGAUCAUUUGAGAGAACAAUUGGAGUCGAAGGAGAAAGAAAUACAGGAACUCAACUCGAGUCAGGCAUCCAGUUUGGGCGCCGGCGUUGGCGGUAAGAGUGGCAAAGAAGAAGUGAGCACAAAGUUGAGUGCUCGCACUCUGAGUGACAUUGUGUCCAUUAGCGAUUUCGAUGAGCCCGAUGUGAUGCGGCGCGCAGCUGUAGUCCAGGAGACAACGCCGAUUCAGUUGCCAGAGGGUAACCGCGGUUUCGGUCUUCACACAGUGAAUACUUCAAAGCAAGCAGUAGCGAAUUUGACGCAGAAACGUAGCGAGGAUUUGUCUGGAUUUGUUGCGUUACGUCCAGCCAAUACUUUUGAGAAUCCGCACUACUUCCAAGACCCAAAUGUCCUUACAUUGACGGGUCAGUCGGCGGCAACGGCUACGCCACCCAUGGUGCCGCGUCAAAUUAACUUUUCCGCAUUGACUGAAGACUCAAAGUUGAAAACGCCUGGCUUGGAAAUAUCUGCAGUAGAGAGAAAGGGUGUUGAAGAAAAAGAAAUGUACCAGAAACUAGAGCAUGAGGUUGCUGAGCUAAGAGAAAAGCUGCUAUUGGUUUCUACUGAGAAAGAGAAAGCAAUUUGUGAAAAGGAUCAAGAAAUGCAAGCCAUGGAAGAAGAGUUAGUUGCUACACAAGUCCGAUUAGGCGGCCUUCAGCAUGAGCUGGAGCAACGGCAAACUGAAAUAGAGGAGUUAAAAAAGGACGAACAAAAGUGUUUGAAUUAUCAAACAGAAAUCGCUGAAAAAACCGCAGAAAUUGAACUGCUGCUAAGCUCUCAGGAACGUUUGACCAAAGAAAAUAAGGAACAGCAAGAACGAUUGACUAAAGGCGAAAAGGAGUUGCUUAACUAUAAGGAUAAUGACCAGCGCUUACAAAGACGUAUUACGGAGUUGGAAGAGAAAAUACUGCAGUCUACGGAGCACGAAGUGAACCAGCGCGAGAGUUUGCGUAAAGAGUUGAGAACGCUAAGUGAAAUUCAUGAGCAGUGCAAGAAUACAGUGCGUGAAUUAGAGAUGCGCAAGCUAGACAUUUCCAACCUAAACGAGCAACUCAAAGCCAAGGACCAGCGCUUACAUAUGAUAACUAAUAAAUUGAUGCAAGCAGAUGAGAAUGUCAGCGAGCUUCAGCAGAAACUGUCUUCACUGGAGGAGGAGGUGGAACGCUUACGCCAGCAACCUAACAGCGAUAACAGCUCAAAACAGUAUUCGGUUGAUGAAAUUGCUCAACAAGUCGAAAAAGAGCUGAAUUAUUCAGUACAACUAGACUCCAACAUAUUGCGCGCUAUUGAAAGUGAGGAAGAAAACAAUUUAGACCGCAAGAGUCGCGAUAAGGCAUCGCAAGAACCCCAUAAGACUGAAGCGCAAGGCACAGAUGAUGAGAAUUUCACAGGAGAACGUGAGCUGUUAAACCAGUUAGAGGUUUUGAAGGCGCAAAUAGCCGUAGAACAUGAGCAAAACGAAGAAAUGCGCCAAGAGUUGCUGACUGAGAAACAGCACUCGCAGGAAAUACAAGAACAGGACGUCCUGAUUAUUGAGGCUAUGCGCAAGCGACUCGAAACUGCGCUGGAAAAAGAAGACGAGCUUCACAAGCUGUUAGAUAUCGAACGUGAGCGUUGCGAGCGCGUGCACACACAGUUGACCGCCAUGCAGCGUGCUGAGUCUCGUCGGAAUUCAUUGCUGCUUAAAUCGCCAAGCGAUUCACCGCGCAAAUCACCACGCUCGCUGGGCACCGAUUUCGAGUCAGAAUUAGCAGAACGAUUGAGAAGUGAAAUCAAGAUGUUAACAGCACAAAAUGAGCGGGAGCGCGAACGUUGUGUCGAUGCACAACGUUCCAGUGAACGUGAGCGUCAACGCCACGAAAACGAGCUGCAGGAACGUGUUGAGUACUGUGAGAAGUUGAAGCGCGAAAUGGAAAAGUUGGCGCGCGAUAAAGAUUCGGCUGAACAAGAGAGCGAGCACUUGCAGGAGCGUCUCAUCUUACAGACACAGGAGAUUGAGAGUUUGGAAGCUAGACUUGCGACUUUACAAGAAGCAGAAACGCGUCGUACUACGCGACGCGAUCGCCAACAAAAAGAAAGUGCGCAAUUGCUUGGUGAAAUACAGGAAGUUAAGUCAUUGCUCUUGGCCACCGAGACGGAACGGGAUAAUCUGCUGAAGAGCAUCACGCAGUUACGCUUCGAUGUCGAGCGUUCGGCGCAGCGUGAAGCCAAACUAGCCGAAGCGCUUGCUAAUGCAAAUAUUAGUGCCGCCGAAGCCUCUGUGCCACAACAGUUUCUGCAAAAGAUGAAGGAGAUUAACGCCUUAUUGGCAGAGAAUACUCAAGAGAACCGACAAAUGGCCGAGACUGUUCAGUUCCUCGUUGAGGAGAGACGUCAACUACAGAAGAAAUGUGAAGAGCUCGAAGCACAGCUAGGUGGUACGGCGAAUGUGGCGGAUCUCGAGGAACGCUGCAAUCAUCUGUUGGGUCGCUAUUUGCGGGUUGAGUCACAUCGCAAGGCGCUUGUAUACCAGAAACGUUACUUGAAAAUUUCAUUGCAAGGCUAUCAGGAGAGUGAACAACGCGCACUGGCCGCGCUAAAUGGUGGACACAUUAUGCAAGCGCAGCGCAACUGCAAGAUGUUAUUCAAGACUGUCGCUUUGGCCGUUGUCGCCAUUCAACGCAUGAAAUAUAUUGGCCGCACCUGGCGCACCGGCAAGCGGAUAGUAUCGAAAUCUGUUUUUACAAUAACACAGCAAAAACCGCCACAGCCGCCAAUGCUUACAUGCGCUGCUGUCCAUUCAACUUAUCCGAAGUCUCCUCCAACAAUGCCAUUCUACAAUCCGCCUAGUCUGAUGCGGCCCAGAGACCGUUCAUUUCAGUCACUAAAUUCGCCACCGCUGGUUCACGACUGUAUGAAUGGUGAAGGUGCCGAUGAUGGUGUAACAUCAACUACAACAUUAAAUCCUGUGCCAAUAUUCGAUUGGUCACGCAUGCAGCCAUUUCAACAGUAGCACCUGCUACUACCAGAGCCCUGACAUUACCCGAUAAGUGCAUGUCCGUAAAUGCUCAUAUAUAAGACUUUCUCGAAAUAUCAAUUCAUUGAAAGCGUUGUAUCAUAGGAAUAAGCAGAAUUAUACAUAUAAAUAUAGAAUUAAAAGUAAAAAAAAAAAUAUGAUUGCAAUAUAGCUCAUGAUCAAAAACAAUGUCACAAAUAUUCGUUCAGUCUUGUAUGUUCGCCCAAUAGAUCAAAUUAAGAGUACGUUAAGUUAUGUAAGGUAUUCAUUAACUUAAUUGUAAGUCUAGUCGUUAGUAUAUUUAUACAUGCUCACAUUUAUUUCUAUUUUCUUAUAUCUGCACAAUAGUUAUGUGCUUAAAAGUUAUGUAUGUUAUAAUCCAGUAUUUUAUUCAACACAUUUCCGAGCGAAAGAUAGUUUCUUUUGAAUUCGACUAAAUUAAUUCAACUCUUUUUCACUUUGAUUAACAAUUGAAUUUCAUUUAAGUUUAACACCUAAAUUUUUGGUCACUCAGAAAUUUCCUUUACUAAUUUAAUGUAAGUAAUUUUAUUUAAAUUAUAUUGAAUGAUUUACAAAUUAUUUUGGGAUACUUUGUUUUUGGGCAAAUCUUCAUUGGAAUGGUUUGUUUUGACUUUCGAAUUUUCGUUCACUUCCACAAAAUCAAAGUGCCUUAAAAGAUUUUAUAACAAAUCGAAAUAUUUUAAAAUGUAACUAAGUAUUUUUUAGCAACAACAAAAAUAAAAAAUAUGUUAAAGUCA